AGAACUGCGCUCGUUGCCGCUCGAGGGAAGACUGCUGUGUUUGUUUUGAUGUAAAUUAAAAGAUACAAAAUAUGGCUUAAUUUAAAAAAAGGUAACGUUACUCCAGCAAUGUAAAUGUUACGGAAACGGUGUUAAAUAAUGUUAGAAUAUUGAAAUAGGGCCCACAUUCUUAUUUGUUUUUAGAAAACAAAGCGACAUACAAGCAGGCUGACUAGUUUUCAAGGCAUUCAGUGCACAGAAACCUGUCAACUACUAUGCUAUUCUGAUCCAGUCUGAUCCAAAUGAUUGUAAUGAUGGAGCAUGUUAAAGAGGAGACUGAUGCUGAAUCAUUCAACAUUAAAGAGGAGACUGAUGGUGAAUCCUUCACAGUUAAAGAGGAGACUGAUGGUGAAUCCUUCACAAUUAAAGAGGAGACUGAUGCUGAAUCAUUUACAAUAACAGCUGAAAAUACUGAAGAACAAAAAGGUACUGAUCAAUGGAGGCUGGAAGUGAAAUAUCUGGAGAUGAAAGAAAAUUCUGUUUUAUCUUUACAAAACUACCCUUUCGCAAGCCGUUCAGAUGAAGAAAAAAUAAGGAUCAAGGAGCUUGGACCAGAUCAACCCAACUUGAAUAUUCAGCAGCAAUCAAGUGAUCGCGGUCGCCCUUACACUCGGUCGUUUUCCAGGACAACUUAUGGCAAACGGAAUUGGCUGGCUGGAUGCGAUGUGAGUCACGCAUUUUACUGUUUUCCUUGUUUAUUGUUUCAAAGUCCAGGCACGGAGACAUUGUGGACUACGAAAGGUUUUCGCGACUUAAAACACCUGUCCGAAAGGUGCAAGCGACACGAAAGUAGCCGGAGCCAUCUUGAGAAUGCUAUGAAGCUUCAGUUUUUUGGGAAGCUUAGCAUUGCUGAACAGCUAGACGAAGGCUACAGGAUAGGCAUUAAAAGACACAAUGAGGAGGUUACUAAAAAUCGACACAUCUUGUCCAGAAUUAUAGACUGCGUGAAAUUUUGUGGUGCCUUCGAGCUGGCUUUGCACGGACACGAUGGGAGCUCCGAUAAUCCCGGGAUUUUCCGUGGCUUGGUCGAUUUUGUUGCUUCCCUCGACGGAGUCUUAAAAGAGCAACUUGAGAAUGCCGCCGUGUUCAAGGGAACUUUGGAAACCAUGCAGAACGAGUUGUUGGACUGUAUGUUGUCUGUUGUGAGAGAACACAUAAUUCAGGAGGCACAGACCAGCGCCUUUCUUUCUAUUCAGGUUGACGAGACCGUUGAUAUUGCAACACAACUUGUGCUUGUGCUGCGCUACAUUGAUGCCAAAAGCAACGUACAGGAGAGGUUUUUUGCGUUUAUUCCUCUAAAUUCAACUACGGCUGAUUCCAUCGCUACAGCACUAAAAGAGCAUCUGGAGGUAAUCCUUCCCGUGGAUCAGAAGAGUAAGCUCAUCUCCCAAGCCUAUGAUGGAUCCAGCGCGUUGAGGGGUGUUCAACGAAAGAUUCAAGAUGUGUACCCUAAUGCCCAUUACAUCCACUGCUACGCACAUCAGCUCGAUCAAAUAGUGCAACAGGCCACAUCUUACAUACCCAAAGUGAGAAUUUUUUUUUCUGACCUUGAAGGAUUUGCCAGCUUUUUUACGAGAUCAACCAAGCGCACUGAUGUUCUUGAUAAAGUAGUUGCCCGUAGACUACCAACAUCAAGUGGCGUUCGAUGGAACCACAGCCGCCCCAUCGAUAUAGUGUUUGAGCACAGAGAGGACCUCAUCCGCUGUUUUGAAACUAUUAGAGACUCGAGUGGCUUUGACCCUGUUUCCAUUAGAGAGGCGGUAGCAUUGGCCAUGCUGCUGGAGGAUCAGGAUUUUACGUUUUUGCUGCAACUUUUUCAUAAGGUCAUGCCACACGUUGACCUCUUUUAUGCUAAACUUCAAAAGAAGGACAUAGAUUCAGUCCACAUUAAAGGAAGCAUUGAGCAGUUCCAGCUGGACAUACAGAAUGUCAGAAAUUCUUUUCAUUCCCUGGUUGACCAAAGCAGUGAAGGUGGUUCUCGACCGAAGAGACGGCGGUCGCUCAAUCCAGAAGGGGUUGCAGCAGAGGUCUGUGAUGCCAUACUCAAACACACCAAGGAACGGUUCUUCUUCACAAACCACCUUGUCAGUGCCACCUUGCUACAAGCAGACAGGUUCGCAGAGUACACAAAUGUGUUUCCCGAAGAUGCAGUAAGUAAGACUUUGAAGGCUUAUCCAGUGCUCUGUGGGAGUAAGCUGAAGACAGAGCUCAGUCUCAUCUACCACAAAGAAGAGUUUAGAAGCUGUUGUGGUGCUGUGGACUUACUCCGGCUGUUUAUGGAAAACAGUCUUGAAGAGGUUUUUUCGGAGACGGUCACUCUUCUAAAGAUCCUCAUCACCACACCCAUGACCACAGGAGAAGCUGAGAGGUGCUUCUCAACUUUAAAAAGAAUUAAGACUUUUUUGAGAAAUAACGUGACUCAGGAGAGGCUGAAUGCCUUGGCCAUGUUAUCAAUGGAAAAGAGACUGGUGACUGAGAUAAAUGACUUUAACCAGAAGGUUAUUGAAAAAUUUGCAAGCCUGAAAGAAAGAGCAAACUUUCUUUUCAAAUAAAGUCAUUAUGCUACUUAACUGUGUGUGUGUGUGCGUGCGUGUGGUGCGUGCGUGCGUGGGUGCGCGUGUGUAUGUUUAAUAGUUACUUCUUUAUUGAUAAUAAACCCCUAUUGAACUAUUGAACUGAA